ACCGUUGACUCUAAUGACAUUGCAGACUUGCUUUUGCAUUUACAAUACUAUAUUAUACCAUACUUCAUCUUCUCCGUAAACAAUUUCUCUGCAACUCAAUUGGUCCAGUAUUAAUCCUGCUAAAGUAAUGGCUCCUUCAUUCUUCAAGUUCUUGCGCGAUCCAUCCGCUUCUCGACUGUCAUUGCCACCUGCUUUUGUAAGAAAGCAUCUAGUAAACAAUAUCCCAAAUGGCCCAAUAAUCAUAUCAGCGAGUGGAGGGCAUUCUUGGACAGUGAAGACAAAAAAGAGUGGAGAUAAUCACUAUUUCACCAAUGGAUGGAAAAAUGUGGUGAAAGAUAUCCCCUUGGAUUUUGCAGAUUUUCUUGUCUUUCACCUUGUUAAUCCAUACACCUUUCAUAUGACAAUCCUUGGCACAAAUGGUUGUGAAAAAAUCUUGCCCCCAAAAACUGAUGAUGAUCAUGAUGAUGAUGUUUCUGGUGAGUUUGAAAAUGUUGUUGAUGAAGAAGAGGAAGAGGAAGAGGAAGAUAAUGAUGAUGAUUGUUAUGUUGUUGAUGGUGAUCCUUUCUUUGUGAAGACUUACACUAAAAGCCACAUAAGACGAUUGCGGUUUCCGAAGAAAUUUGCUAAGUGGGCUGGAAUAAAUGGUGAAGGAACCAUGAGGGUGAAGAACCUUGAUGGGGACGAAUGGGUUACGGAUGUGAAGUUGGACACAACGUUUAGAACAAAAAGGUAUCUUUUGUCGUCCGGGUGGCGUAGUUUCUGGCGGGGAAAUGAUUUAUCGGAAGGAGAUAAAUGUGUAUUCAAGUUCAUCAGAAGCGAACGCAAAUUGUUACUAGCAAAAGUCACCAAGAAAAAAUAGAAGACAAAGGUGAUGAAAAUGACUAAGAAGAAGAAGGUGUAGAAGUUACCUAAGACUAUGUGAACUGUGGAUGUCCCUCUCAAUGAAAAUUUAGUGUUAUGUAUUUUGGAAACUUACGAAUAUGACUAACUUGAAUUGUUCGAACA